AUGGCGGAAUCUAACCUCAAUCCGGAGCAGCAUCAGCCGGGAAACGGCUUGCCAGGCAGUCCACUACCGCCAGGAGUAAACCCAAAACACCCGGGAAUGCAGCAAAAUCAUCAGCGGCAUUCAGCUCCAUUUUUCAACGGUCCACCAUCAGCGCAGCAAUCUUUAAGUACCAGUUCGUCUUCCGCCGAAGCAUCCUACCAGCUCUUUCAGCAGCUAAUGCAGCAGCAACAGGUAUUCAUGCAGCAGCAGCAACAACAGUUAAUGCAGCAGCAGCAAGAUUUAUUCCGGAGUGUCAUCUCAUCAAUCAGUAUUCAGGUCCCUUCAAACCCUGAAAUGAUUCUCGAUUCACUAGCAAACAAUAUCAAAGAGUUUCGCUACGAUCCGGAUGAAAACAUAACCUUCGCUGCAUGGUACGGCAGAUACGACGAUUUGUUCGAGCAAGAUGCUGCACGGCUGGACGAUGACGCGAAAGUCCGCUUGCUCAUGCGAAAACUUGGAUCAUCUGAGCACGAAAUAUAUGUGAGUUACAUCCUGCCGAAAUUGCCGAAGGACUACAAAUUUACUGAUACAGUUGAAAAACUAAAAAUCCUUUUCGGCGCUGCAGAGUCCGUCAUCAGUAAACGGUAUCGGUGUUUUCAGGUUACCAAACAACCGACCGACGAUUACGUCACAUAUGCUUGUCGAAUCAACAAGACCUGCGUUGAAUUCGAGCUAAGCAAACUUAACGAGGAGCAGUUCAAAUGUCUUAUGUUUGUUUGCGGUCUAAACUCGGAAGGAGACAGCGAAAUACGAACGCGGCUACUGUCGAAAAUUGAGGAACGCGAUGACAUCACUCUUGAUCAUCUUUCGGAAGACUGUCAGCGAUUGUUGUGCCUAAAGCGGGACACGGCAAUGAUCGAGUCAUCAGCAUCACCGUCAUCGGUAAAUUUCAUCAAGCGAAAACAACAAUUUUCAAAGCAUCAACGGAAACCGCCAAUGGAGACAGCCGGACCCGACAAAAACAUUCCCUCAACGCCCUGCUGGUUCUGUGGAGGAAUGCAUUUCGUUCGAGACUGUACUCAUAGGAGCCACAAAUGCAAAGAUUGUGGUAUUGUCGGACACCGUGAGGGUUAUUGUUCCACUGCCAAGCGAACAUCCAAAGCCAGUCGAAACAAAAAGCACCCGGGAUCGUAUGCUACAAAAAGCGUAAGUCUUGUGAUUAAUACCGUCGAUAAAAGGCGCCGUUUUGUUGCAGUGAUGUUGAACGGUGUGAAUGUGCGUCUGCAGUUGGACACGGGAUCUGACAUAAGCAUCAUUUCGAAACGUUUGUGGGAGAAAAUAGCUCCCAUCGUUGUCGUCCGAAAAACGAACGGAUCUAUUCGUAUUUGCGGUGACUAUUCCACCGGUCUCAACAAUGCCCUGCAACCGCAUCAAUAUCCGUUGCCGCUACCGGAAGAAAUUUUCAACAAAUUGGCUAAUUGCACAGUGUUUAGCCGAAUUGAUCUGUCGAAUGCAUUUCUGCAGGUAGAAGUGGACGAAAGCAGCCGUGAAUUGUUAACCAUCAACACCCAUCGGGGACUUUACCGGUACAACCGUCUGACACCGGGAGUCAAAGCAGCACCGGGAGCAUUCCAGCAACUUAUAGAUACUAUGCUGGCAGGCCUCCCUCAUACGUGUGGUUAUUUAGAUGACGUCGGUGGUGGUGUAAAUCCUGAAAAUCACUGGGCGAACCUUCAUGCAGUGUUUCAAAGGAUCAGCGAUUUUGGAUUUACCAUUCGUGUAGAAAAGUCCAUAUUCGCUCAGCCGCAAAUUAAAUAUGUAGGUCAUCUGCUUGACCGCAACGGUCUUCGCCCGGAUCCAUCAAAGGUUCAAGCCAUCAACGAAAUGCCACCGCCCACUGACGUUUCCGGUGUUCGCUCUUUCCUAGGAGCAAUAAAUUACUACGGCAAGUUUGUUCCUAGUAUGCGCACCCUUCGGUAUCCUCUUGAUGAGCUGCUCAAGGCGGAUGCAAAAUUUGAGUGGACGGAAAAAUUCUAGGCGGCAUUUAACAAAUUUAAAGAAGUGUUGAAAUUCGAUCUACUGUUGACACACUACAACCCUGCGCUUGAUAUAGUUGUGUCGGCAGAUGCGUCGUCUGUUGGUGUCGGUGCAACAUUAUCACACAAGUUUCCGGACGGUACUCUCAAGGUGGUACAGCAUGCCUCCAGAGCACUCACAGCAGCAGAGAAAAACUAUAGUCAGCCCGAUCGUGAAGGACUUGCAAUAAUUUUUGCAGUGACUAAAUUUCACAAAAUGUUGUUUGGUCGUCGCUUUCAUCUUCAGACUGAUCACGAGCCGCUGCUGAGGAUUUUCGGUUCGAAGAAAGGAAUUCCUGUUUACACAUCGAACCGGUUAUAACGUUGGGCUCUUACGCUAUUGCUUUAUGAGUUCACCAUCGAGUACGUCCCGACAGCGAAAUUCGGCAAUGCUGACAUACUAUCCCGUCUGAUCAACCAGCACGUCAGACCUGAGGAAGAUUACGUGAUUGCUUCGGUCUCUUUGGAGAAUGACUUAAGAAUCGUACAACAGUCUACACAGUCCGAUCCUAUCACCAAAGCAGUUUAUCGAUACCUGAUUGACGGUUGGCCUGAGACCGUUACUGAUGCAGAGCUCAAGCGGUUUUAUGCACGACGUGAGUCACUUACCACGGUUAAAUCCUGCCAUCGAUGUGCGAUGGCUGCGAAAACACCACCGAAGUCAGCGCCUUUGUCUUGGCCUAAAUCAACAAAACCGUGGCAGCGUGUACAUCUUGACUAUGCUGGACCGAUCGACGGGGAAUACUACUUGGUCGUCGUGGAUUCUUUUUCGAAGUGGCCUGAGAUUGUGCAGACUCGCAGCAUCACUACAGCCGCUACAAUCAAAAUCAUCAGAGAACUGUUCGCACGCUUGGGAAUGCCAGAGACACUAGUGAGCGACAACGGCUCACAGUUCACCAGUGCAGAAUUUCAAUCCUACUGUACGGAUAACGGUAUCGAGCAUCUCACAACUGCGCCGUUUCACCCACAAUCGAACGGUCAAGCUGAGCGGUUUGUGGAUACAUUCAAACGGUCAAUAAAGAAGAUUAAGGAGGGGAGAGCGACAAUGCGUGAAGCACUCAGUACAUUUUUGCUGACUUACCGGAGCACACCUUGUUUUUCUUCUCCGGAUGGAAAAUCACCAGCAGAAGUCAUGUUCGGUCGUCCGAUCCGUACCAGUUUGGAUCUACUCCGUCCUCCACCAGAUUCUGUGCAGUUUGAACAGCCUAGCGAGAGCCGACCCUUGAAGCGUGAGUUCAAAGCUAAAGAUCCGGUAUACGCAAAGGUCUUCGUUAAAAAUCAAUGGCACUGGGCUCCAGGAACAGUACUGGAACGUAUAGGUCGUGUAAUGUACAACGUUCAGCUCGACAAUAGAAGGCUUGUUCGGUCCCAUGUUAACCAGCUUCGAGAUCGCGCUGUAUCAGAGGAUCUCAACGUAUCGACAUCGACAGAUAGUACGAAACUUCCACUCAACAUUCUACUUGAUGCUUGGAAUCUUCCAGUUCGUCGCACAACGGAUCCAUUAGCACACUCAACGCCAGUAGCACCUCUUACAAGCUGCUCUAGUUUGAGACCAUGA